AUGGAUCCAUCGAGUAUUACCACUGGUGCUUUCACGCUUUUGAAGACGUGUUUCUCAACUGGGCUAGCAAUAAAGGACUUCUGUAAUGGAGCAGCUAUCGCGGAUACGAAGAUCAAAGCUCUCCUCUCGGAAGUGGAAGGCUUGACUCAUGUGUUGACCUUGAUGGACGAUACUCUGGGUCGAGAGGAAAUCAAGUCAUCGCUUCAGUCUACUGGACAUAUUGGAAGCCACUGGAGCACGCUUUCUACUUGUAUCCAGGAUGGCCAGAAAACAUUGCUUCAGCUGCAAGAAGUUGUUAAGAAGGUCAGCAAGAGUGGUAACCUUUUUGACAGAACGAGAAAGCAUAUGCGUUUGCAAAGUGCUUCUGGGGAGAUUUCUGUUUUCCGGAAACAAAUUCGAGCGUAUAAGGAUACUCUCCAACUAUCCUUGCAGACAGUCAUUCUAUGGAAUCAAGUCGCUUCGGAAGAAUUUUCACAGACGGUGUUACCCACCUUGAAUGAUAUCCAGAAAGUUAUCCGUCGCCUAGCUUCGGACUUCAAUAGGCGGAUUUCAGGGUUGGAAGUCAACAUGAGUUCUGCUUCGGCAGACGACGAAGUCCUCCAACAUUUCCGGAAUUUGCGCAAUUGCGUCAGGUCUGCGGCCACAGUAGUUUCAUCUGCGUCCACUAUCAUAGCUGUCGAUAAUUCUGAUCUACAAUCGGACUUUGGAGAUUGCUUUCCGACGCAGCCUGGGGAGCCAAUGUUGCGAUGGAUGGCAUCAAACACCACGUAUGAGUUUACGGAGCCAGAUCAGCCCGAACGAAUCCUAUCGCCAUUUCUGGAUCCUCGGAACAACAGACUCAUAGAACGAGAAGAGGCGGACUCCGACGAUGACUUAGAGCUUGAGCUCAUUCAGUCGCUGUUAGAGCAAGGCGAGAAACAGCUUUCUUCAAAGCAGUACUUGGAAGCUGAGAAACAUCUGAAGAAUUGCCUAUCUCGCAUUCCUUCCGGUCUAGACGUCUUGCCGGAGAAUCUACUAGAGCUUCGACUGAGAGCUCUAGAUUGGUUAGCUGUGCUUUUCAUGGAAACCAAAAGAUACGACGAUGGCAUUGCGACUUUGGCGGAAUUAAUAGCACUUCAAUCUCAAUUACCGUCGAAAUAUAGCCCUAAUAUCUUACUAGAUCAUUUGCAUAUAUCCAAAGGAUUCUACUACAAAAAGGACUAUGCGGGAGCCUUUUCUUCCGCGAAACGUGCACUCAAAGGGUACAAGAAGGUGGAAUCUUCCUGGGGAAAGGCGGGCAUUGGAUAUUGA